AAUCUGUCUCGAUUCCAUCCCAGUACAGGUACGAGUAGUAGAUUUCGAACAGAAACUGUAGCGAUAUAUACACCGGUACAAAACGUGUACCGGUUCCGGAACAUGUACCGAACCUGUCGAACCCUUUCCGAAUCCGGUACAGGUACGAGUACAAAUAUUGGCAUAGGAACUGUAAACAUAGAGAAACUGAUACAAAACUUGUACCAGUUCCGGAACUAGUACCAAAACCGAUUUGAUGCCGGGAACUAAUUCUGCACGGUACUGUAUUAUCGCUGUUCAGGGACCGGUUGUGUUCUUGUCUUUGAAUCUACAAUAGUACCGUACCUAUCCUACUCUAGUUACUGAACCCGAACCUGCUUCCGAAGCGAAUGUGAAUGUCAGCAAAUAACGUCAAAGCGCAACAGCAGAUCUUGUUUGCAUUUCGUCUACAAACGCACCCGCAGCAAAACGUAAACACAACAAACGCCCGUACGUCAAAACAAACCACCUUGCCCGUUGAGCUGUCAAAAGUGCGCUGCAUCGUCGGCCCGAGCCGUGCUUGCGGAUUGCUUUGGCGAAGCCCGUACGACAAACUCACACACACACACACACACCACCAUGCACUGUGCCUUGAGACGACCCGCCCUCUUUCUCCAGCGCCGGCUGCUGGCGGUAGUGCAGCUGGCACCCCACAGCAACCUCCGCGCGGUCGGCGGAACGGGACAACACAGGCGCAGUGAUGGUUCCGGCGAGCAAGGUGACUCCUGGACCGCGCAGAAGGUUGGCCUCACCGCAACGCUCGCGCUGGCCGGCAUGUUCGGGCUGCUCGCCUACAACACCCGGCCCGACCAGAGCAAACGGAAAGCUACCGGCCGGCCAGCGUUCGGUUUCCUCCCCACCGUCAGUGCGAAAACGAGCGCGGCCGCGGGCAACCGGCAGCAGUACAACUUCAUUGCGGACGCGGUGGAAAUAUCCGCGCCCGCCGUCGUGUUCAUCGAGAUCCGGGACCGGCAGCGGGUGGACUUUUUCACUCGCGAGCCGGUGACGGUGUCGAACGGGUCCGGCUUCAUCAUCGAGCGGGACGGGCUGAUCCUCACGAACGCGCACGUGGUGGUGAGCAAACCGCACACGCUGGUCACGGUGCGGCUCACGGACGGGCGCACCUUUCCCGGGCAGGUCGAGCACGUCGACCCGACGUCCGAUCUGGCGACGGUGCGCAUACGGUGCGACAAUCUGCCCACGCUCCGGCUCGGCAGCUCGGCCGAUCUGCGGCCCGGCGAGUGGGUGGUCGCGCUUGGCAGUCCGCUCGCGCUGAACAACACGGUGACGGCGGGUGUGGUCAGCUCGACUCAGCGUGCCUCCCAGGAGCUGGGGCUGCGCGGUAAGGACAUCAACUACAUCCAGACGGACGCGGCGAUCACGUUCGGCAACUCGGGCGGCCCGCUGGUCAACCUGGACGGGGAGGCGAUCGGCAUCAACAGCAUGAAGGUGACGUCCGGCAUCAGCUUUGCCAUCCCGAUCGAUCACGCGAAAGCGUUCCUGCGCAAGAUCCAUGAAACGGCGGGGGCGGCCGGCGGCCGGCGGCUGUCGAGCGGUGCGCCCAGCUACCGGCGCUACAUCGGCAUCACGAUGCUGAGCCUGACGCCGGACAUACUGCACGAGCUGCAGCAGCGCAACCACAACUUUCCACCGACCGUGCGGGGCGGCGUGCUGGUGUGGAAGGUCAUCCAAGGAUCGCCGGCGCACAGCGGUGGCCUUCAGCCGGGCGAUAUUAUAACGCACAUCAACGGGAAGGAGAUAAACAGUUCCGGCGACGUGUACGAGCUGCUGGCGGCGCAGGAGAAAAAGCUCGCCAUCACGAUCUAUCGCGGGCAGCAGCCGGCCACCGUGCACGUUUUUCCCGAGGACACGACCGCGUAGACUUUCGCGACUUUACUUUAAAUUUUACUUAAAACUUUUAAUAGAAGCAUCAGAAUGCAUGUUUUGCAAUGAGCCGCAAGGCCAGUGCUGCGAAAUGUCACUGUCAAUGUCAUGAAAAAAUCUGACUGAAACAAAAUCCAUGACAGCGCCACGUACUCAAUUGUGAUCAGAGGUGAUACUCAAAAUGAUCGGUGCGAUCAAUGUAUGCUUCGUGACAUUUUUGCGACACAACGCUUGGUCAGUCACUAUGUCAUGACUUUUUUUUUGCUGUGAUCAGUUAAGCUCACUGACACAGUUGUGACAAAUUCCGGCUGAAUCAAAAUCUUGUCAGCGUCACGAGCUCUACUGUGAUGAUCAGAGGUGAGACUCAAACAGA